UAUCAGAAAGUGAGUGAGAUAGAAACUUGGCUUCAGAGAGAAACCGGCGCCACAUUGAGCGGAGCUGGUGCUGGUGCUGGUGUUAGCGAGGAGACGUCGCGAUUGUGGGACAAGGGAGAUCGAACAUGGGAGCUGUUUACUUGUCUAUGUUAGCGAUGGCUAUAAUAUGCGGAGCCCGGGCUGGAGACUACCAACACGACAAUCUCCAGGUCUACUUGGUCCAGGACGGCAGCCCCGACAAGCAGUUUGACAUGUUGGUGGAUGACGAUGAGGUUUUCUACAUGGACUUCAAGCUGAAGAAGGAGGUGGCGCGGAUCCCCGCGUUCCAGCACCUCGCGAUGCAGGGAGGAGAGGCGGCGAUCUCGUCUAACAUCGCCGUCGCUAAACAGAAUUUAAAUGUUUGGAAGAACCUGUCGCACUGGAGCCCGGAGCCCAAAGUGCCCCCUCAGGCUGCCAUGUACCCCGAGGAUCCCGUGGAGUGGGGUAAGCCCAACACCUUGAUCUGUCUGGCUGACGGAUUCGCACCUCCGCGCAUCAACAUGAAGUGGAAACGGAACGAUGAGCCUGUGAGCAAGGGAAUCAACACCACGGAGUAUUACAUAAAGAGAGAUUACACCUUCCAGAGGUUCACCUACCUGAGCUUCGUCCCGAGCCCGGGAGACAUGUACUCCUGCCACGUGGAGCACGAGGGUCUGGAGAGGCCAACCACUGUCUUCUGGGAGCCCGAGGUACCUGAGGAAGUGUCCGGCCCUGGAACUGUGAUCUGUGCUCUGGGAAUCACUCUGGGAAUCAUCAGCGCCGUGGUGGGAGUCAUCUUACUGAUCAAAGAGAGGCAGCGGCUGCAGGCUCAGCAGCAGGGCAUCUAACGACAUUUCCUUGCCGAUGUCCCCGGUGUCUCUGCCUCCAGACGCUGCGUCUCCACCGGGGGAUCUGUACUUGUUACACAGACCACGGCUACAUACUCCGUGAUUGGAUCCUGUACCAAUAAACCCGCAAAUUAACCCACCA